AUGGCAUUACAGACAGUAGCUAUUUUUGCUGCUGGCUCCAUGGGUAGUGCCGUCGCGUCCCGCCUCACCUCCCACGGCAUCACAGUUCUUACUUCAUUGAAUGAUCGCUCACCAUCCACACGUAAACGUGCGCUCGAAGCUGGAAUGAAAGACAUACCCUUCGCCGAUAUACCAAGACAAGCCUCAAUCUUCCUCAGUAUACUGCCGCCUAGCCAGGCGGAGACGCUCGCACAGGAUUACAUCCGUGCGUACAAUGUGAAUACAACCGAAGUAGACGGAGGGGAGGAGAGAAUCUAUGUAGACUGCAAUGCGGUCAGUCCGCAAACGGUGAAACGAAUAGCUAAGAGCUUUGAAGGUGUUCGAGGUAUAAGGUUUGUGGACGCGGGAAUCAUUGGCGGGCCACCGAGAGAAGGGUACGACCCGACAUUCUACGCAUCAUCGGACGAUCUGAAGGCAUUGGUGAGUUUCGAAGGGCUAGGGGAGUUCGGGAUGAAGAUCACGGGGAUGAGGGGAGAGGGUGCAGGUAUCGGAGAUGCUAGUGCGUUGAAGAUGAGUUAUGCGGGUAUAACGAAGGGUAUCACCGGCCUGUUUGCCACCAUGAUUCUCUCCGCACAUGCAUCCUCGCCAACGACAUCCAACUUUCUUCUAAACGAGUUGAAUGCAUCACAGCCUCAGCUUCUUCAACGUAUGACACGGAGCAUACCCGACAUGCUUCCGAAAGCAUAUCGCUGGGUAGGCGAGAUGAGGGAAAUCUCCGAAUUCGUGAGGGAUCCGGCUGGCACAGCUGAUGGAGGAUCGCCAGCGUGGGAUGGAAUGGAUCACAUACAUGAAGGUAUGGCAUGUGUGUAUGAGAGGAUUGAGAAGGCUAUGAACGGGCAGGGAGAUGAUAAGGAGGUGUUAGACGAGUUCGUGAAGGACGCGAAGGAGGCUAUCGAGCGGAAGGCGAAGUAG